UAACACCGCUUAUAUCUUUCUUCAACUUAUCGAUCCUCCCAUUCAAUGACACCUGGGUAGUACUGACCUGCGAUAACCUGUUCGAAUUGCAGGCCGAUUAAGGUCGACAGCAACAAUCAAUAUCGGCUUUCAAUUAUUCUUGUUCAAACUUUCGACCUGAUCUUAGCCGAUAGAAAUGUCAGAUGCGCAGCUUUCCAGAUUAAUACAUGGUUAAUCACGACCUAUGCAAUCUCAGAAUGGUUCUUGAAGCAGAUGGAUGUCGAUAUUGCAGAUGAUUGUAUGAUUGUGCCAUACGGAAUGUAUUAUCUCGUGAAAUGGUAAAUCGUGUUAUCAAGGCAUCCAGUACGACUAACUUUGGACCCCCCCCCCCAUCUUUUACCUCUCGCCAGCCGUCAAUUUCCUCGUUCUUAUUCUGCUUGAAACUCCCUUUUCCACUCCUUUCGGAAUCGUUGAUUGCCACUUGAUUUUCCAUGCAAGCUAAAAUCAAAGCAUUCAUUUCUCUGCAGCUCCUGGGCGCAUUGUGUUUUUUUCUCGUUACAAUAACCGCGGCAUUUUCAUCACGAGUCAAACGAUACGCAACCUGGUACAGCUUUUGCGUCUCAUGGAUCAUAUCGAGUUUGAGUUAUUCGUUACUCUUGAUCGUGGAUGCGUAUGCCGGAGCGCAAGGAUUUCACAGAGACUCCCAUUUCGAUGUGGGUAGUAUGGAAUGGAAAGCAAAGAGGGCAUGUACGGUGCAGGCUGCAUUGGUUUAUGCCACUCCCGUUUUGACAGGCUUUACGAGCUUGGCUAUGUGUAUACACGUUCUACUGUAUGUUCGAGCUGCACUUAGAGUGCCUAUGAGCCGAGUAAAAACAGUCACAACCACUAUGCUCGUCGUCGGUCCUUAUGUUAUCUGGGUCGCUAUGUUCGUUGUGCUGUUCCAGCUUGGACAAGCACAGCCAAAUGCCGUACAACUGGAGCGUUGGGGGUAUUAUUGUCACUUGGCCUUGCCUCAGCCUGUAGCCGUCUGCUCCAGCAUCGCAAUCCUAGCAUCAAUAAGUGUGGCCAUUGUUGAAACGUGGAUGGCCAUCGCGGUCCACAAAUAUCGGGAUGCGCUCCCUCGAACUACCCAUCCCAUGACCUUUACUCUGCGAGUUCUACUAUUUGGAUUUGUCGACCUCUUCGCUCUAAUCGUUGGGCUACUGCUGUUGAUCCCUUCGACGCGGAAAUUUGGUGCCAACUUCCUGCUUUCUUUGAUUCCCGUCUUGGGAAUAUCUAUCUUUGGGUCCCAAACUGACAUUCUACGAGUUUGGAUGUUCUGGAAGAAAUCACCUUCUGAAACAGCUUCUUUGCCCACCUCAGCCUCUAGGUGUUCACAUUAUUCGGAUGAUUUCACGUUCCGCCAACCUAGUCUCAGCGGUAGGCGUGGACGUUGGCGUUCAUCAUCAAGCCUGAACGUUUCUAGUCAUUUGCAGGCGUCGAAUGAACAUCAUCAUCAUCAUCCUUCGCUCGUGACCUCAAAUUCUCAUACACCGGCUGUUUCGGUUGAGGAUGAUACCAUGAACGUCGACAUUGAAAAGCCAAAGAUGAUCUUCCCCAUCGACAAGCUGAAUUCAAUUGACGAAGAAGAUUGUUUCGACUCCAACGAUCUCGGUGCGGUGAGAACGACGAGGCGCGAGUAACAUCCUAUUUCAUGCACUGUAACGAGUCAAGGACUUCAAACGACAUAGACAGUCAUGCCAAUAGGUUUCCCUUCCCGGCUCUGUGCGCUACCGAUAUUUCAGGCGUAGGAUUGAUUGAAGAAUGUACGACCGUCUGCCAUAUGAUAUUUAAUGUGUUACCAUAGAGCAAUGUGUAUCGUACUCAUUCGGACUGAUUUCAUUUUCACAUUUCAUCAGUUGACCUCAAG